UUAAAACUUUCAUCCUACAAAACCAAAGCCACCAAACAAAAGCAGAGAGAUUUGUUUCACUUUUACAUCAGAAAAGAAAGGAAACAUGGCUGAGAAGACCCAGCAGGCUUAUCCUUCGGCACCAGCAGACCAUGGUUACCAAAGAAGUGAUGCAGAGUCUUUGGAAUCCGCUGAUGAGCUGAAACGCCAGAAGAAAAUCAAAAUGGCCAUCUAUAUUAGUAUUUUCGUUGUGUUUCAGAUCAUAGUUAUCACCACAAUGAGUCUCACUGUCAUGAAAGUCAAGACCCCCCGGUUCAGGCUAGGCAACAUCAACGUCCAGAGCUUCGAAUCUGUCCCGGCAACGCCUUCAUUCAACACGAAAUUCACAACCCAAAUCAAGAUCAAGAACUCAGCCAACUGGGGUUCCUACAAGUUCAAUGCUGCCAAUGUCACAUUUCAAUACCAAGGAGCGACUGUGGGAGUAAUUAAUAUCGCAAAGGGCAAGGCUGGAUGGCUUUCGACCAUAAAAAGAAAUGUGGAGGUGACAUUGAGUUCAAGUGGAUUAACUGGUUCAAAUCUGGGCAGCGAAUUGAGCAGCGGGGUGUUGACGCUCAACAGCGUAGGCAGAUUGAAUGGAAAAGUUGCAAUUAUGUUCAUAAUGAAGAAGAAGAAGGCUACCAACAUGAACUGCACCAUAGCUUUUGAUGUGGCAGCCAAGACCCUCAAAUCUUUACACUGCAAGUGAAAACAGCUAGGAGACAUCUCUAUAAUGAUGUGGAUUUUGGAUUGAUGAAAGAGUAUUUCUUGGAUUAUUUUUUGUCAUUGAUUUUCUUUAUUUCUAUAGCUAUGAGUGACACUUGUUUUGUAUUUUGUUGUAGAAUUAUAAUACUAGUUUACCUUUUCAAUCACUGAACCGUCGCUAUUCGUUUUACUGGGGAUG